UGAUUCCGGUAUCAAUUAAAUUCAAUCAAGAACUACUUUAAAAGUUACAUAUAUAGAUAUAAUGAAAUGCUGAUUUCUACUUUUCAAAUACCAAAAAUAGAUUCCGGUUUAUAAAAAUCAACAGUAUAAACAUGACAAUGAAUUUCUUUUAAAUUCUUUCAUUCAUUUCCUGGAUCUCUAUUGUAAACUUAAAAGAUCUAAUGGAAACUUAUAAUGACUGUAGUGUUUUCUUUAAUUUUUCAAUAUAAUACUGUAUUACAAAGUCAAUUGCUGAUGUCAAACUUAUAUUAUUACUGAAGGAUUAAUAUGACCUAAAUAGAUCAAUUGAUAAUAAUAUGAACUUGAACCAACUGGAUAUGUAAAAAUAAAUAGAAUUUUUGUGACCUUAUAUCUGGCACUAAUUGGAUAGUAUGAAUGAUUGUUGUUGAAAUAUACAUUCCAGUUACCCUUGUAUAUAAUUAUCAGAUCAAAUUUCGUUAGUGAAUAAUGGAAUCAAAUAAGCUAAAUACAAGAAUGGAUUUCGAAUACUUAUGUUUCAUACAAUCGUUGAUCUGGACAAACAAUCAAGGAAACGAAGAAAAGGGAACGAAUAGAAGAGAGCAAAGCGAAACGAAAUGAUGCACAGUGGAGAUGGUGAGGUAUUGAAUACCCAUCCAUAAUAUGAAAAUUCAUAAAGGUAAUCAGCUGUAAUCGGCAAGUAUGCACAUUACAAAUUACUGAUACUACUGGCAGUCAUCAAUUUCCAGCUAUGCAACGAUUGAGUAUUAAUAAAGCACAUGCAUUUAUCCUUGUAUAUUCCAUAACUAACAAAGCUUCAUUUGAUGAAUUACAACCAUUGUAUACUGAAUUAGCAUUAAUUAAAAUGGAUGAAUUACCAAAAAUACCAAUUAUGCUUGUUGGUAAUAAAAUCGAUGAAAAUGAUAAUCGAGAAGUUAGUCCAGCACAUGGUAAAGCAUUAGCACAAAAAUGGAAAUGUGGUUUUAUGGAAACAUCAGCUAAAUCAAAUUUAAAUGUGAAAGAAGUUUUUCAAGAAUUAUUAAAAAUGGAAACACGACGUAAUAUGACAUUAGUAGGUGAAAUAAAAUCACAUUCACGUUUUGUAUCAUUUUUUAAACGUCGUUCAAAUGAUACACAUACUAAUAAUACAAUUGGUGUUGUAAACACUGGUAUUAAUAAUACUAAUGGUACAAAUUUUAAUAAUUCUACAUCAAUUGUUGAUGCAUUAGAUAUGCCUAGACAAAUAAAUACAAUACAAGAACAAUCUAUUGCUAGUACAUCAAAAGAGACUAAAACUUCAUCAAAAUUAAAACGAUUUUUAAGCAUUAAAACUUAUUCUGAAUCAAUGGGAACAAUGAAAAAAGAUAAGAAUGAUGAUAUUGCAUAA